GGAAGCGAAAUCGAAAGCGAGCGCCUGGCUGGAGGAUUCGGAGCUGGGCCCGGGCCAGAGGCUCCCGGGAUGGACCCCGAGAGGCCGGGCUCUGCCCCACUGCCCUGCACCCUGCAGCCAGCGAGCGAGCCAGGCUUUGUGCCGCUUCCCUUCUUCCUCCGGCACGAUUCCCCAAUGUCCUGGGACCUCUGUGCCCCUAUCCCAGCUGCCGAGAGCCUGGACUCAUGGGAGAGUGGCUUGCUGUGGGAUGGAAGGUCUCUGGUCAUCGCCAAUUCUUCCCGGGGGCAGCCGGGGAUGCCAGGGGGAGCUGGCUCCAUCUCCCCACAGCCACCUCUGGAUCUCUCUGGCUUUCCUUCGGCCGAGCCUUGGGACAUCCUCUCGCCGGAUGCCCCCGCUGAUGCAGCCCCCGAUUUCGUUCAUCCCCUGGUGGCGGCUGCUCACCUGGAUCCUGGUGCUCCGUGGUUGAUGUCAACGAUAAAUCCAGCUGGAUUUACCCCUCCUCUACCACCUCUGGAUCCUGCUGGUUUUCCUUCACCCGCACUCUGGACCGGGCCCCAUAUGGACGCCCCUCCUGACGCAGCCCCCGAUCCUGCUCUGCCCUCUGUGGCUGCUGCCUGCCUGGAUCCCACAGACGUACCCCCGACAUCAAAGACAAAUCCAGACUUGGGUGAAGUCUUGGCCCACGUCUCUAACACCUUGAGAUGCCACCCCAAGGGUAUGAGGGUGAAGCCACUGAUGAAGAGGCUGCGGAAGGAGCAUGGGGUGGAUCUGUUGGCAUUCAGCCAGGACGGAGGGUACCGGGGAGUCGUGUCCUUCCUGCAGGAGAUGCCGGGUAUUGAACUCUGGAACCCUGAGAAAGGAGAGAAGUGUCGUGUCCUGAGCUGUAUCUUUAAGAAGAACAUCACAGACCCCCUGCCGCUACUCUGCAGCACCCUGGGCUCCUUCCCCAGUGGCCUGCGGGUCUUCAGCCUGAGGAAGGCCAUGUGGCAGAGGCACGGGGUGAACUUGGAGGAAUUCAGCCAGCAACAGGGAUAUCUGAGCACCCUGGACUAUCUGACCAGGCUGCGUGGGAUCAGGCUGCAGGGUCUGGAGAGAGGGGAAAAGUGUCUUGUCCAGCUUCAGAAGGGUGAGGCUGUGAAGCCCCCUGCCCCACAGCCCCCCCCAGGCCUUGCUCCCCCAUCAGCCCGGCACAGCAGCAGCCCCCCGCCCGAUGCCCCUGCCAACGGGGGGCUGACGGGAGCCCCAGGGGAGACGCCCGGCUUGGCCGAGUUCUCGGCCUGGGUGCGGGACGUGCUGGGCCGUUUCCCGCUGGGGCUGAAGGUGGGCAAGCUGAAGGAGGCGCUGCGGAGCGAGCGUGGGCUGGACCUGGAGGAGCUGAGCCAUCAGCGGGGCUGCAGGGACGCCCUGCACCUGCUCCAGGCUCUGCCCCACCUCUGGCUGCGGGACCCAGAGAAGGGCGAUGCCUGCCUGGCCCGGCUGGACGCGGAUGCUGCUGUUAAUGCCCCCACCCCCUCCCAGCCUGCUGAGGUGGGGGGGCCGGGCGCCGUGGGCCCAGCGAGGCGGACGCAGGGCCAGCGUCGGGUGGCAAAGCCCGGCGCAAUGGAGACGUUGAUCCAGGGCACCCUGGCCCCCUACCCCUUUGGCAUCCGGGUGAAGAACCUGCGGAAGCUGCUGGCAGGGAAGCAUGGAGCUGAGCUGGAGGCCUUCAGCCAGGCCAGAGGCUAUGGGGACAUGGUCUCCUUCCUGCGGGAUGUCCCGGGACUCACACUCCGGGGCCCAGAGAGGGGCAGCAACUGCAUCGUUCAGCUCCAGAGAGGGUCCCCGCAUCCCCACGCAGCUUCCUGUCCCGGGGAAGCAGCUGCCGGCAUUCCCUCAGAGCCAGGGGCGGCCGACAGCUGGGACGCCGGGGACCAGGACCCAGAGCCUGCUGCUGCGCUGGAGAGAGGUGCGACUGAGGUCCUGAUGCUGCUCAAGUGCCUGCUACGUCCUUACAAGUCUGGCCUGCAGCUGCAGAAGGUGCAGGAGUUGAUGCUGGAGAGACACGGGCUGGAUCUGAAGCGGUUUGUGAGCUCUCAGGGCAAGGAGGAUGUGCUCAGAUACCUGCAGAGGCACCUCCCCGCGCUGAAGUACAAGCAGCCGGAGAAGGGAGCCAAGUGUAUCGUCUGGCUGGGGACAGGGCAGAAGAAAGGCUUUGAAUCUUUGCCCCCUGGCAGUGCCCGCCCCUUGCCUGGCUCCAAGAGGUGCCUCCUCCCAACGAAUGCUGCAGAGCGCCCACCCCCACCCACCACCGACUGCCUCAACCCCCGGCUGCCCAGUGCUACCACCAACCAGCCUCUGCUUCCCAGCCUGCCCUCGGGCCGGGAGCCCCUCCGUGCCCCUGCCGUCCUGGGCAAGCUGGGAAAGUCCCCAGGGGCCAACCCCCACCUCCCAGCCUGGUUACUGAGCCCACCCCGGCCCACCGGCGCCUGCUCAGGCCUGCGAACAGAGGAGGAGACCCAGGAGUCCAGGGCCAGGCCUGUCAGCGCCCCCUUGGUUCUGCGAACAGAGGAGAGGACCCAGGAGUCCAGGGCCAGGCCUGCCAGCGCCCCCUUGGUUCUGCGAGCAGAGGAGGGGACCCAGGAGUCCGGGGUCCAGCCCCCUGAGGACCUGAGGGAGCUGAAGCGGAAGGUGGGGGCCAUCCUGGCUGGGCACCCCAAGGGCAUGUCCCUCUUCCAGUUCCGUGCUGCGUACAGCGCCGCCCACCAGCACCCGCUGCCCCUGGGCCGCACGGCCUCCACCAAGCAGCGGCUGGCGCAGAUGCCCGACGUGGUGAGGAUGCAGGGUUGCGGGGUGCAGAUGCUGCUGCUGCCAGUGGACCCCAACGAAUCCCCCAGGGCAGAGCCUGGUCUCGCCCUGUGGAUCCCACAAGAAGCUGCUGCCCUGGUUGGAGACUCCGACGAUCCAGCUGAGCCCCCGCCUGCCCCUGCUGUUCCUGACCCAGCUGGGGACCCCGACACCCCAACUGAGCCCCCUCCCACCCUGGCUGAGAUCCCUCUAGUCCUCACAGCUCCUGCCCCGUCUGGGGACAUCCCAGCUGAGCCCCCUCCCGUCCCUGCAGCUCCCAACCUGACUGGGGACCCCGACACCCCAGCUGAGCCCCCUCCCACCCUGCCCGAGAUCCUUCCAGUCCUCACAGCUCCUAACCCAGCUGGGGACCCCAGAGUCCCAGUCAAGCCCCCUCCCACCUUCGUGGCUCCGAGAUGGGGGCCGAGUCCCCAGGCCGUGCAGCGCCCAGAGGCCGCCGGACCUGAAGCCAACUGGGAGUUACCUGCCUUGGUGCCCAGCGCCCCUGUGGUUCUCCCGGCAUCGGGGCCGGGCAGCAGCUCCUGGUUCUGGCUUGGGGUGGAGUCCCCCCCCGCCCUGGGUGAUCCUGAUGCUGCUGCUUGCCCAGUUGUGUACCCUCCCCUCCAGGAGGUCCCCCCGGCCCCCUCUGCAGGCCCAGAGCCACCCUCCCUGUGCCCAGCGACACCGGGGCCACCCCAGGCCCGGCUCAAGCGGGUCCAGUUGGUGCCUCCCUUCCAAGACCACCCCUGGGCUGGGGAUGCCCCUCGGGCGCAGCCGGUCCCUAAAGCCCUGGGUCCGAAUCAGGGCACGUCAGCGGCCGUGGGAUCCCCUGUGGGCUCGAUCCCUGCAGCUCCAUCUGUGGGCCAGGUCGUCUCCCCUGCUAAGCAGCUCCUAGGGUCGGCCCCGGCUCCUCUCCCUCCUCCAGAUUCCAGCGGCUUAGUGACCCCCGAGCAGGGCUGGCCAGAUGCUGGGUGCCCUGGCUCGGGUGGAGAUAUCGGCUCUUCUGUUGACCCCUCGCUGCACUGCCGUCCGGCCCAGCCAGUCCCUUCUGCAGGGAGAACCCAGCCGGGCCCGCGGGCUGGGAUCCCCUCUGCCCCACCGGCCCACUCGCCACAACGCCACACUGACACCUGCGUUCUCCUAUAGCCACCGCUGGCAAUUUGGGCUGGUGGCUCUGGGUGGAGCAGGUUGGCUUGUGGCCAACUCAGCACAACGGGGCUUUGCGGAGCUCUGCAGGCGAGGUCGGGAAAUGAACUCCUGUGAUAUCUCCAGCAGGGGGUACUGGGGCAUUUUACCCCCCCACCCCAGGCCCUCUGAGCAUUGGGGCUUUUCUCCCCACCAGGACUUGAUCUCUUUAUCUAGUGGCCUUGAAAACGUUGGCUUACAACUUUAAAGAAGUGGCCACUGACUAUUGUGGGGGGGAGGUGGCUUAAUUUGAGGACUUCCAACGCCAGAGCUGCCCUGAGACCCCCCCCUCCUCCUCCCACCGAAUCGUGAGUGCUCGGUGGUUCUGGAAGCCAGUUGUGGCUUUUCAACGGAACGUUGCCCCAAACUGGUGGCCAGUUGCCGAAAUCGGUGGUCAGUCACCAAUGGCUCAGCGAAAGUGGCUUGCGCCCCGUGUGGAGCUUCGAGAUUUUAGCCAUUAAAUUUUCUAACAAACGUCA